GUUCACGUAACCCAUCCCAUCUGCGUGCGCGCGAGUGGAGAAACCGGUAAGACUCGCGACACAGAAGUCUCAAGAAUACCUUACACAUUGCUUCAAAGAGAUGUCUGUACAUGAUAUGAUACCUGUGCCAAAACCGCGAGCAAGAUACUUGCACAGUGAAGGACUAGGACAGGAGCAAUCUAUUAAGAGUGAUGGUGUCAGGCCAGAUGUUCAGGUUGAUACAGAGAUAAACUCUGAAGGAAAGGUUAAUGACAAACAUGAGAUAAGUGUGCAAGAUACAUUAAGUCAGCUGCACAUCAUCUCUGGCCUUCAAGAAGACACUAACUUUAUAUCUUGCGAGGAUAUCACUGAGACUUCUGCUUCUCCAAGAUCUCUCAAAGAAUCUCAGAGUAAACAGCACCAGAAUGUAGACAAUGCAAAUUCCAUAGACCAAAUUAUGGAUGUUACCAAUGGAGGGCUUGUUACCAAUGGACGAAUCAGCCAGAUUCCCAAAUCACAAAACAACCCUGACAGGCCCAAGAAGCCCCGUGCUGCUACCAUUCGUGUGAGCAGAAGAAAGCAGACAGUAUCACAGACACAUAAGACAUCUGUUAAAUCUCACUGUGAAAGUGUGGUGACACAAUCCAGCUGGCUGGACGUAUGGAAAGGACGCAAGCACAAUGUUUUGUGGGCCUCUAUGGAUGGUCAGCUCAUGGCACUGUGGAAAAAACGCACAAACAGGUUCACAGAAUAUGUGUUUCAUGUGUCAAGCAUCACCAACGUAUGCAAGCAGGAUCACAGACGCUUUUCCAUUUACUUUAGAAAAAAACACUUUGAAUUCAUGGCUCACAGUGAGGCUGUGCAGGAGGGCUGGGUGGCAUCUCUCCUUGCCUCUCGUGGGGGGGAACCCGUUGCUUCACCCACACAACAUGGGCCCUUGACCAUGAAAGAUCCGCGGAAGAAGGUGUUUGCUGCUAUCUUUGAACACAACCUUUGGAUUUACAGCAGUAAAGAGGAUUUCAAUUUAGGUCUUGGCAUGACAUAUGUGUCUAUGAAUAUAGCAUCUGUCAAGCCCACAGGCCGGCACACCUUUAGUCUCAUUACACCGUACAGGACCUUUAAUUUCUCUGCAGAAUCGACUAAAGACGCAACUAUGUGGCUGGACUCUCUAAAUGAUGUGAUUCGCAGCGCACUGUCUUGCAGUGAGGUGGCCAAUCGGCUGUGGUGGAGCCCCUGGAAUAAGGUUUGCGCUGACUGUGGCGCUGCUAACCCUGAGUGGGCAUCUGUGAACCUGCUAGUGGUCAUCUGCGAAGCCUGUGCAGGUGCACAUCGAUCUAUGGGGAGUAACAGGUCCAAAGUCCGAAGUCUAAAACUAGAUAAUAAGGUUUGGACAGAGCCUUUAAUUCAGUUGUUUGUUUUGUAUGGAAAUAAAUCAGCUAACAGUGUGUGGGGUCAUAACAUCCCUCCCUCAGAGCAGAUCAGGCCUGAUGUCUCUCCUGAACCGCGGGCAGAGUUUAUUCUCACUAAGUACCAUAAAGGACUUUACCGCAAAGCACAUCCACUUGCUACAAGCCAGACACUUCUCAACCAGAGGCUGCGUGAGGUGGUUUGUGGUCCUAAUAUAGAUGAGACUCUUUCUCUGCUGUGCUCUGGGGCAAAAGUUUUGUGUUGUGCCACAGACUGUGAGUUCCCCUCUGCCAUCAUCAUAGCUGAGAGCUCUGGACAAACCUUACAGGCAGAACUGCUGCGACACAACGAGACCGUGGAGGUGCCUGCCUUUGACAGAUUGCGAUGUUCGGAAGAAGAUUUGGAGGAACUUCAUGGAAAGCUGGAUGAGGAGCGUUUCUUGUUCUCACAGGAGAAUGAAUCGGCUGCUUGUGAUGUACUGGAUUUAACAGAGGUCAUCUCAGUGUUUAACUGCUCUUCACAGGGAACUCAUGAGUUUGAGGUGUUAACAUUGUCAGACAGACUGGUUUGCUCUGCAGACGGGCCUGAUGUUCUCCUUACUCACAUGCUGCAUAUCAUGAAGAUUGUCCUGGCGGAUGCGGUUUUGGAUGAAAAUCUUGAAGGCGUCUUUGCCGUGUCCAGGGCAUCUAUACGGGAGGGUGCUGCUCUUGACUGUGCUGACGUGUGGUGUACACUACAGACAGGAACACUAAACAUAUAUACACUGGCACAUUGCUCUAGAGACAAUUUGCUGCUAGGCCCUCACACACGUACCUAUCUGCACCAAAAUGAGAACAGCAUCAUGCUGCACAUUGAAGAGAGGACACUGCAUAUGCAGUUUGAGCUGCAGCACAGCUGUCUGCGGUGGUAUGAGCUUAUGCAGAGCGCAAUGUGCUCGACAACAGAUGGACAGAAACAUGCUGUCUCUGUGCCAUGUGCUAUAGACAGAUGCAUCUCUCAUAUCACACAAUACGGUUUGGAGGUUGAAGGUUUGUAUCGACGCUGUGGAAUUGCUCCUCAGAUUACUAAACUGGUGGAGGCCUUGCAUGUUUCUCCCAAUGAGGUUGUUCUGGGAACAGAUGAACUCUCCAUCUUGGAUGUGACAGGAGCUCUGAAACAGAUUCUCCGGGAGACCUUUCAGCAUAUUCCACAAAAACAGCUUUGGCUAGAAGCGGCAGCUAUGUUGGAUGAAAUGCACAGGCUGAAGGCAUACCGCAAUCUGGUGAACAAACUUCCUCCCGAAAACUAUGCAACACUGGCAGCUCUAUGUGGACAUCUACACACGGUGCAGCUUCACAGUCACACGAACCUCAUGACAGCACAUAAUCUGGCAGUGGUGUUUAUGGCCACACUGUUUCAAGAGCUCGCCAUAAACAAAGUCAUGAUACAACUUACCAGAGAGCUGAUCAUUCACCACACAGUGCUUUUCAUGAACCAAGAGGAGACAGACGGAGAACUGAUUACUAUUUUCUGAAGAAAAGCUUUUCCCCAUCAACAUAAUGGAUGGAUAAAACUUCUUGCUCUAGCUACUGAACUUAUGAACUGACUACUUUAAAAAUAUUAAAUACAGAAAUGAACAUCUGAUGUUACAUGAUUUAUUAGCAGUCAUCUCUUUGAGGAGAAAAAUAACUUCAUUUUUGGUCUGGUUAACAAUAGGCCUGCAUUGUUUAUCAGCCCAUUAAGAGAUGUGUAACAAAAAAAAGUGUUUCGGUGGUGAAUAUAAUGAAGGAGUUUGUGAAGUAUACUGUGUACAAACAUCAUUCCAAAGGGUGACAAAUACUUUGUGUUUGCAGUGUGACACUAAAAUAUGUUGUCUGAUAUGCUGUUUUGUAUUUAUAAAAUGUAAAACUGGAUUAAGAUUGUGGUUUUAGAUUAAAUGUUGCAGAAAUGUAUCAGUUUUUAACUUUCUAAAUGUUUCCACUUCUUCCAUGAAAUUAAUUCGACAAUUUCUCUAAACAGUGCUUAAGUGAAAUAAUAAAUGAAAAAUAUUACAA